UCUGGAUAAAUCACACUAAAAGUAAAGUACUUGGACCGAAAGUGAGCGCAAUCCGUGGACGAGGAACGCUAGACAAUAGUCGUAAUUGAAAGUCUAGAAAAACCUUCCAGUGACGCAAUAUCGUGUGAAACACAAUAAAGUCUAAAGAAAUGUUCAAAUUGGUGAUUUCUGUUGCCCUCAUCGCUGCUAUCGUAGCUGCCGAUCACAUCGAUAAAGAUGCUCAAAUCACGUCGCAAACUAAUGAAGUGAACUACGACGGAACUUACCAGCACAGCUUUUCGUCAUCGAACGGAAUCUCAGUCCAAGAGUCAGGAACUGGAGGACACUAUGCUAGUGGCUCUGCCCAAUACUACAGUCCAGAAGGAGUUCCAAUUGCCUUGACCUACACUGCCGACGAGAAUGGAUACCAACCAAAAGGUGACCAUUUGCCCACUCCACCACCAAUCCCAGACCAUGUUCUCAAGACUUUGGAAUACAUCAGAACCCAUCCCCAACCACAAGAGCACUAUUAAAUAUUAGCAGGAAUAUGAACUCAUAUCAAGUGAUUAUUAUGGUAGAAAUUAUUAAUUAGAAUGUGGUGUAAAUAUAUCAAGAAUGUUAUAGUGCUGUUUUGUGAUAA